CGCGUGCUGCUGCUUCCACCGUCAGACCACAUCCACCGUUUGAACGGAAAACCAACGGAAACACCGACGGAUUCGCGUCGCUCCGCCCGAACAGUCGAUGAUUCGGAGCGGGCAGAAGGAUGCUGUCUUGAACAAAUGUAUAAACAGCAGGAUCCUCCUGGAACCUGUUCAUGGCUCCUAAGAAGCAGAAGAGAGGCAUGGUGUUCCAUCAGGAAAGGGGAUCUACCCCUGCAGUGGCACCUGCAGCCGAACACCCACCUGCACGCUCUGGUGCUUCGAGACCAGGGAGAGCAAGUGAAGGCGGAGUGGAUCAAAGCAGCCAUGUGACCAGUGAGGGGGCAGAUAUCAGGAGUAAACUCAACAUGUCCCCGUCCCGGGAGGCUGUCAGGAGGACGAGCGGACUGAAGCCUCCUCAGUCCGACAACUUGUCGCCUGACAGCGUCUGUAGAGGCGUCCGAGUGACGCUGGACAACAACAGCAUGUGGAAUGAGUUCUACAGAUGCAGGACAGAGAUGAUUCUGAAUAAACAAGGCAGCAGGAUGUUCCCCUACUGCCGCUUUCGCAUCGCUGGGCUGCAGCCGAGUAAAAAGUACACUCUGAUAAUGGACAUCCAGCCAUUAGACAACAGCUGUUACAAGUGGACGGGCAACAGCUGGCAGAUUGCUGGAAAAGCAGAGAGUCCUAUAAAAAGCCAGCCAUUCGCUCAUCCAGAGUCCCCGGCAAUGGGUCAACACUGGAUGCAGAGUCCCGUGUCCUUUUACCGACUGAAACUCACUAACAAUGGCUCGGACCAGGAGGGGAACACCAUCCUGCAUCCGAUGCACCGCUACUUACCACGGCUGCACGUGGUGCAGACAGACAGAGCUGCUAAAGAUGUAAAGCUGAACGGUCCCAGUGUUCUCACCUUUACUUUCCCACAGACUGAGUUCAUGGCAGUCACUGCCUACCAGAACACUCGCUUUGCUCAGCUCAAAGUCGACUACAACCCGUUUGCUAAAGGCCUGAAGGAGGACGGAUGCAAUUCACGGAGCCUGAAGCUUAAAGCAAACUCUGGCAAAGAGCUGCACAAAGAUGGAGGCACUCCAACCACCGAGCAGCAUCCUGUGAAGAAGAGCUUGAAGUCAUUGCUGGCAAACCAUAAACCCAGAAGCUCCAAUACAGCAGACUCAAGACCUUCAGAUGUGCAGAAAAACCCCACUACAAACAAAGAUCCGCCAGCUGCCAAGGCCCCUGGAGAAAGCUCAUGCACCAGUAACUCACGUCCGGCUCAGAAGUUAAUUUCUGAACUAAUUCGUGAGGCACAUGUUUCACUGCAGAGGUGCAACCUGGAGCAGCUGGGCAUCAAUCACAGCAGCUCUCUUACAGCAGAGCAAACUAACACUAAGCCCACAACCCUGAAAGGCAAAGGACAGGAGGUUCUUCAAAGGGACAAUAAAGAACCUGCAGGGAAAACUGAAACUGAUGUAACAAAGAAGAAUGUGAAGGAGGAUACGCACCUUUUGAAUUCAGUGAAGUGUAAGGUCAAUGUCCAGACAGACUGUAAUAGUGCUGCUUCAGCAGGGUCCUCUAAGGACUCAGACCACCAACGUAAUCCAGACACUCCAUCACAGCAGACUACGAAGCCAGACAAACGGCCACCUCGGCUGCCUCUGCCGGCACUUGCUCUGUUUUUGAAGCAGCACUCGACGAAAUCUAAAAAGGCCAAGAGCAAACUGGACUCUCCUCCCCCAGAGACCCACUCUGAACCUUUGUCUGAAUCACUGAGUUCUGCUGCAGCCUCUGCAUGUCUACCUUUGGAUCCUGCCACAAAUGCAAUUGAUCCCUUGAAGGAUCUCAAUGGCGAUGUGACUAAACCCAACGCCCAGGCCUCCAGACAUGCUGGUGCAGACCUGCAUCUAGAUGAAGUGGUUCUGAAUGUUCAUCAACCUUUAAGUCUGUUGUGUCCAGAUACGGCUGCUGCUUCAGGUCCAGUGGGACCAAGAACUGAUGAUCAGUCAGCCUCCUUUUCUGAGAGUCCAGGCCUACAGCCGACAGUCCCUCACAGUACAGUGUUACCCAGCUCAGAGCAGCCAUUUUCUUCCCUUGAGGAGUCUACAUCCACCCUCUCCUCAACACUUGCUACCUCAUCUGCAUCUCCCCCUUUGUCCCCACCCCUGGACACAGUGUUACCUGUCCCAAACUCACCACAAACACCACCUGAGUCUUCAACACUACCUUCAGACUCCCCUACCUUGAAGUCUGAAUCUUUCCUUCCUGACCCAGAGUGUUCGUCUUUCGGUUUUGAGCCUUUGUCUCCUACGAGUUCUCCAGAACCUUUACCUCCCCUGCCGGCCUCGUUAGCUUUAGAACUCGACACAACGUCUUCUGAAGCAGCUUGUACAGCAGAACCUCCUGAAGACUCACCGCCAAGCAAAGACUCAUCUGUAUUUAAAUGGCAUACAGUGUUACCUCUCCCUGAACCGUAUUUAGAUGCUCCCUUCACAACAUUUCAGCCCACAUCGGAGACUCUUCCUUUAGAGCAUGUUACACCACCUUUGUUGCCUUCAGAGACUCCCUCGCACCCUGAACCACAUAGUCUGAACACUUCCACACCUCCACAGGGUCCUCCUCCAUCAUUUCAGGAGAGCGAACAGUCGCUACCUUUUCCUGCAGAGCUGUCCCCCCUCGCCCUCCAGCUGCCGCUGUCCCCAACCUUCUCCUCAUUAGGCGGAGAGGGACUGUCGCCCACGCCUUCAAUUGCAGACCUUGUGCACUUUUUCUCCACCGAUGAUGACCUUGGGAUGGGAGUAGAGUUUUCAAAUACAGAGGCAGUGGCUGUUCCCUGCCCGCCUCCACCUGCAGUAGAAGCACAAGAGCCUUCUCAGCAGGUGCAGCCAGUCCCAGUCAACAAACCCUACAAGCGCAAGAAGACCCGGCGGCGAAAGCAGCCCAAGACCAGUCUGAAUGAGAAGACGGAUGACACCACCUACAGGAGUAUGCAGCCUAACCUGGAGGAGGUUGAGGAGCAAUUAUUUAUCUCAUUCACAUCAAAGGAGGCCCUCAAACUCCACACAGUGGACUCCUCUGACGGGCCCGGCACUCAGCCUCAGACCACAUCGGAAAGUCCACAAGCAGCUGACACACCUGAGAAAGCAGAGUGUCUGGACGAGACGAUUGCUGCCUUCCAGAAGAAUCUGCUGAAUGACCUGAAGCUGAUGAAGCACAGGCAGGUUAUCCACCCUGUGCUGCAGGAAGUCGGUCUGAAGAUGACGCUGCUGGAUCCGACUCUGGCUAUCGACCUGCAGUACCUGGGGGUCCGUCUGCCCAUCCCCCCUCCAGGAGUCAGCCUGGAGCCGCUGACCCAGGAGCUGCAGUCCAGUCAAGGUGUUUCAGCAGCUUUUGUGUCCAGAACAGGAAAAACUACAGACGUGACUCAAAUUAAAGGCUGGAGAGAUAAAUUCAGUCCGUCGGAGGCUCCGUCCACCCCUGCAUCCUCCAGACCUGAAGCUGGUCCCAGUUCCGAACCACAGAAGAAGAAUUUGUCGGCGUUCUGCAGCGACAUGCUUGACGAGUAUCUGGAGAACGAAGGGAAACUGAUCGACGAACGAGCCGCCAGCUUCUCUCAGCCGCCAGUGGAGCCGCUGGUGUACGAGCUGCCGACCAGGAGCACCAGCUACGUCCGGACGCUGGACCACAUCCUGAAGAAGCAGAACACUGGUUCCCCUGCAGCAGACCUCAUAUCUGGGUUCAUCCCCCCCUCAAAGAGACCCCGACUCACCGAGACUAAAGCUGGCAGGACGUUGGAGAGGAAACCGAGAGGUCAGAAACUGAACAAACCCAGAGCAGAACCUUUCGAACCUGCUCCAGGUGAAUCUGGUCCCCCAUCAGCCAACACUGCCGAACCGACCCUGAAGAAGAGGAGGAAACUCAAACUGAAGACCACAUCUCGGACCCUCAGCCCCUCCAGGUCCACGGGCCUAUUAAAGGACCUGGCGCCGCUGGAGUCGGACUCUGAGCUCGGCCAGAAGGAAGACACCGGCAGGAAGGAGCGGCGGCCCCUGAUGACCCGGGCCCUGCUCAGGCAGAAGGACCUGGAGGACAGCGUGAUAUGGGAGGGUCGACCUCGGACCGGCAUCACCGAGCAGAGGGCCACCGUCGCCCUGACGUCCCUCUUCACCCUGACGGGUUUUGUUAGCGAGAACCCGACGGCGCCCAUCGAGUUGGUUCGGAGAAGAGCGCCCCCUCCCUGUCUGAACGAGUUCUGCCGGCUGGGCUGCGUCUGCUCCAGUUUGUCCCACUGCUCCAGGAUCAGCCACUGCGGCCGCCUCUCCUGCAUGUUCGGCUGCAGCUGCCUCAAACAGAAGGUCGUCCUUCUCAAGAACCUGGAUGGGUCCGACUGCAGCCCCCCCUCCCACCAGCUCCACAACAAGAGGAGGAAGAGGAGGAGAAUGAAGAUGGCCUACAUCCUGAAGGAGGCGGACAGCGUUUCCCAGCCGGCCCAGCGAGUCCGGACUCUGUGGGGGAGGGACUGUGGAGACUCAGAUCCGGAGGGAGUCCACGUCCCUAAAGCCGCCCCUCAGCCCAGCUCCACUGUAAGGACUCUGGAGGGCAGAGAGAACCGAAGCAGCUGCGCCAGAGUCCGAGCCUUCAGGAGAAAGAUCAAGAAACAGAAGGAGGCAUCUAAAGACGUGAACUGUAAACCUGCUCGGCUGACGUCUCUGAAACAGAGAAACUUGACCCUGAAGGAGACCGAGACCAGAACCUCCCGUCCUCCUCCAGGUGAAGCAGUCCAGACGCCUCCUGAAGAGCCUCCUGCGAGUCCCUCAGAGGAUCCGAUCCCGAAGCCAUCAAAGCGUCUGUUCAUUGUGGCCGACUGUAAAUGGGAGACCAGCGCCGAUCAGAGCCAUGUGUUGAAGCAGCUGUGUGAAGCGAUGGCUCAGGACCGGCUGGACCGGCCGUUCAAGAUCCGGAAGUACCUCGUCAGCCCCGUCAGUCAGACCGUAGAGGGGGACGGCGCCGACCAAUGCAUCCAGUACAAGGUUCGCAUCUCCAGAGUCAAACCAGAGCAGGAGAAAUCAGAAGCACCAGUCAAACCUGUCGCAUCCACAAAACCUGCAGGACCAGUAAAACCAGCAGUACCAGUAAAACCAGCUGCUCCAAGAACCCAAAGAAAAAUGAAAGCUGCUCAAAAAAAACAGGAUGACCUGAGACAGGCACCUCUGGAGGACUGGCAGCAGGAAGUGAUGGAGGAGGUGGAGCCUCUGGAGGUCUGGCAACAGGAAGUGGUGGAGGAGGCGGAGCCCCUGGAGGACUGGCAGCGGGAGGUGGAGGAAGGAGACAUUGAUGAGGAGGAGGUCAGCACUCUUCAGCAGGUGAAUGACAGGAAGAGGAGUUCAAAGAGCAGAAUAAGGAUGGUGCCCGACACGGCUUUGCCUUUCCUGACGGGAAUCUCCCCCGCCGGCUUCCUCUCAGCCAAUAAGAAGCAGCCGGGAGGCACAGACCACCCGAUUCAGGUGAACGGGAAGCUCUAUCCUCUGGCAAAGAUCCAGUUGGGAAAAAUGGGGGCGUUGCAUCCAGCGAAUCGUCUGGCCGCCUACCUGACGGGUCGGGUCGGGUCCAGCAGGCAGCAACAGGCUUCUCCAUCUUUGUCCCCCUGUAAACCCCCUCUGAGGUCGGCACCGACCUCCUCUUCCUCCUCCUCCUCCUCCUCUGCCGUCGCCUCCACCUCCACCACUCCGCCCACAUCACAGCCACCAGUCACAUCACUCAUCAUCCCAACCUCCUCCACAGCCUCUCAGCCCAGCAGCCCGGUGGUCCCACCUGUAAAUCCAUCCCCAGGCUCGGCGCCUCCUAAAACUCCUCAGUUCCUGAUGGUUCAUGUCGCAGGUCCAAUGGGGCAGCUCCCCCCCCAGGUGCCAGCCACCUCCCCCACCGGUCAGAAGCUGGUUCUGCAGCCGGUCCAGACGGCGUCAGGCCUUCAGUAUUACCGUCGACCAGACGGGAAGCUGGUCCAACUGGUUCCACUCAACCAGGUGAAACCAGUCGGUAGAAAUCCAUCUGCUCAGAAAGGUCCUUCCUCCCCCUCCAUCCUCCUUCCUGCAUCUCCUCAAACUCCAGCUGUUAUUACUAUCAGCCAACAAACUCCACCUGUGACUACCGUGACCUCCUCCUCAUCCUCCUCUUCCUCCUUCUCUGUCAACACCCUCGCCCCCCUCCCCCCAGGAUCUGAUUUCCUGUCUCAGAAGGGCCCCUGUACCUUUAAACUCCUCCCCUCCCGCAGGGAUCCCCUCAUUAUCCCCGGUAAAGGUUCCUCCCAGCAGCCCGCCACGGUGGUGACGCCUUCGGGUUCCUUCACCAUCCUCCAGCCUCCACCCUCCACCUCUUCCGCCGCCCCCGUCACCCUGAUCUCCCUCAAACCCUCGUCGGGUCGGGGGGCAGAGCCGGGGGUGAAGACGGUGAAGGUGUCGGCGAUGCCGCUCGCUCCGGGACUGGUGGUGGUCCGACAGAAAACUGUUCCGCCUCAAAACUUUGACUCAAAGACUGCUGACAAACGUCCAGUGCCACCUCCGCCUCCUCCGACAGAUGCCACACCUGCUUUACCUCCACCUGGAGCAUCAGAGGUCACGCUUCCACCGAACCCCCCGGCUGACGGGUUGAGGCCUGAACCGGAGCUCGCCUGUGACCUGGUGGACCUGGACAUCAUCUGUGUGGACGACGAUAUGGGACUGGAUACCGCUACGAUGCAGCCGGCAGACGUGGUGGAGCUGGUGUCGAGCAGCGAGACGGACAACUCGUCGGACUGCAGAGAGUCAGACAGCGAAGAGGAGAGUCAGCCGCCGAAGAGCAACCAGCGUCUGAUGCACAAAACGCUGGAGCGGGAGCGUCGGGGGAAGCUGCGGCAGCUGUUCGAUGCACUGAGGAGACAGACUGGACUGAGCGACUCGAGGACGUCAAAGAUCUGCACACUGAACACGGCGGUGGAGGUCAUAGAGGAGCUCCAGACGAUUGAGACGGAGCUGGAGAAGAAGAAGCGGAUGCUGAGGAAGAGGAGGGACGAAUAUUUGUCGAGGCUCGCUCCGUCAUCAGCAGACCAGACUGAAGCCGACUCCAUCGAGGUUGUGGAUGUGCUGGACGACACGAUCAAAAUCUCAUCUGAAGAAGAGAUUGAUGUGGAGGAAGGAUGUUGGGGCGUUUCCAAGGAGAGGAACCGGCCGUGGAUGACGAGGAGGAGAUCAGAGGCGGACGAGACGACCGGAGCCACAAUCUUUCCAAAGAAGCUGCAGCUGCAUCAGGCUCGUCAGGAGAUCCAGACUCUGAAGAGCACGAUGGAGGAACUGAAGAGUCUGAAGACGAGUCUGAAGCAGCAAAAAGACGCACAGAGUUCAGGUGAGAAACCAGGUAAGACUGAGCAGAGAUCAGCCAAUCAGCUGCCAGCAGGAGACACGAUCGACGAGGACGUCACAGGCACAUUGUUUGACGUACAGCCUCCACAAGCUCCUCCCACCCGUGUUUCUGCCCUGCCCACUCCUACACCUGCCCAGCCUCCGUUGGUCGCACAGGUGUUGACGUCCGUCCCGCCUCGUCCUGCUGCAUCCCACAAUGCACCUGUGCAGAGAGACCGGCCGAGGACGAUUCCCAACAUCCUGUCUCGCAGGAAGAGUCGUCCUCCACCACCGCAGAGCACGACAACUGAAGAGGUCCAUCCUCCAGUUGAACCUCCAUCCUUCCAGGCUCUGCUCCCGGCGGAGGUCCUGUCUCUGGUCCGGGCAUCGUUACCAGGUCAGCAGGUCCUGGCGCUGAGCCCAGUGAUGACGGAACCGACGGUGCUGCAGUCCGCUCAGAGACCAGGCGUGGCCUCCGUCACCCUGAACAUCCCCAACCUGCCCAAUCAGCAGCUGCACCUCACCUCACUGCCCCGCCCACCAACCAGUAAGAUCUACAGCAGCCCCGCGCCGCUCACCGUCACUAACCUCACAGCCACAGACUUCAGCAACAUGCUGCACCUGGCUCAGCCUGCAAUCACAGAACAACAACAACAACAGACAGACAAACAACAAACACAACAACAACAGACCCAUCCUGUGGACCUUCAGCUGGUCUCAGUUGGAUCAGACCGGAUCCCGGAUCAGGUCCGGCCUCCAUCGCAGGCCGAGCUCAGACCUUCGUCCUUUCCGUCUCUGAGCGCCGAUCGUCAGUCACAGGAAAAGGGGACGGAGCCUCCAGAGAUCAGAGGGGACCCUGAGAACGAGACCCUGACGUCCCUCCUCAACGAGAUCUUCUUCCUCAACCAGCAGAACGUCGCCACGACAACAGAGGUCUCAUCACUGGGGAAGCCGUCCUAUGAGGAUGCCACUAAGCUGGGCGGAGCCAAGGAGCGGCAAGACGCCCACAUCCCGGGGCAACUCCAGCUGGACUCGGACUGUAACAGCACCGUUGCCACAGAGACUGAGGGGGCGGGGCUUAACGGCCACACUGAGACGACUGGCGUGCAGCCUGGACCAGCAAACACUAUUGGAGGCAAGCUGGCUCCGCCCCCUCUGCUGCAGAUGAAGGUGGGAGGAGACAAAGUGGCUCCGCCCAGCACAAGUGACGGGGUAGCGGGGGUGUCAUCAACAGAGGGGGGGGAGGGGGGCGUGGCCUGGAGGCCAAUGCCGAGGCUGGUUCCUCUGGGGCUGAGAGGAAACCUGCCCAGCUGACAUCACGCAUGAUGUCACCGCAGCUUCAGGACUUCAUUGGCAGCCUGUGGGCAGCGAACAUUCUCUGAUUGGUCCUGUUUUUUUGUUUUUUGGAUGACCAAUCAGACCCCUCAUUGAUGUUUACAGACAACCAGAGAUUAUGUCAUCGUUUUAUUUAUUUUGUCCACGUCUUCAUUUCGUCAGUUUGAGCUCCUUCGUUUGUUUACUUUAGUUGUUGUUUCAGGAUCGUUUCAGAAUAAAGCGCAAACAUUUGCGCCGAAAAGCCUCAACAGAAAUAAUCCCGAUACUGACCUGAUAACAGAUCAAUACUGUAAUAUCAGACUGAGGCUGUCCCUAUGGGAACGGCAGGCACCCUGUCGCCAAGGUAACCUCUGAGGGGAAAAAGUUGCGAAAAAAUUCUGAAUAAUUUUGGUUAUGUUUCCAAAUUAUAAUGUAAAGAAAUGAAGAAUCCGUCACUGCAGCCUGAAUUUAUCCUUCAAAGCUGAUUUAGUUUCAUAUGUUUGAGAACUAAUUACAUCCGUUUUUGUUUAAUUUAGAAAUUACUUUUUUUUUCCUUUUUAAAAAAAAAAAUCAUUAGUUUUUCAUGUUGAAAUGUUUUACUUAAAAAAAAAAAAAAAAAAAAAACUUUGCAAACCUGACAGACUCUUGGGAAAUGUAGAACGCCUCCUUUAGUAGAAAGAGAAACUUUACAGUAUUUCUAAAAACAAGUUUUCUGCUUGAAAUGUUGCAGCUUUACUCUGAAAAUCUGAAACAACAGACAGAAGCUUUUAUUUUUGUACUUGAAGGAUUUUCAUCAAAGUUUUUGUUCAUCGGCGUCACGUCGCGAUGAAAUAUUUCAACUGUUUCCGUUUUCAGGAAAUAAACUAUGACAGGAAAGUU